CGCGGACGGAGGGGGAGACACUCGGGGGGAGCCAGUGACGUCGGGAGUUUUCCCGAAAGUCAAUAACGAGCCCGGCGGAGGCGGCGGGCGGAGCCGAGAGCGGGGGCCCCGGGGCGAGCGAGCCGGAGCGAGGAGCCGCCGCCCUGACCCCGUGGAUGCUGCGGCCGCGCUGCCCGGCCGGGCGCCUCCCUGUGUAGCGGGGACGCUCGCUCCAUGUAGCCGCCGCCGCCGCCUCCGCGCGCCGGGGCCGGAGCCGCCUCCCUCCCCCCGCGGAGACACCGGCCGCGAGGGACCGAGCCCGGCGGGGGGACCGGGGAGGGGCAGCGGGGAUCCCCUCCCGAAGCCGCCGACCGCUCCGCAGCGGCGUCGUCGUCGCAGGCUGACUCCUCAGUAGAGAUUGGGAAGGGCAGCAGAAGAGAAGCCAAACGUUUAAGCUGAUAAUUGAACAGAAUUUUUCUCUGAAUUGAGGGCUCAGAGUGGAGCCAUCAUGAGCGAUGUUACCAUUGUGAAAGAAGGCUGGGUUCAGAAGAGGGGCAGCACCAGGGUGACAUCAUACUCAUACACUGCCCUGAAAGCCACAUAAGAACAGGAUGUAAGGAGAGCAACUGUUUCACUCUGAAUUAGAGAAGUGAAUGUGCACAUACUCCCAACCACCAGAUACAGGAUUUUGGUGGAGCUGCAGAUACAAGAUUUGGAAAGAGAUAUCUCUUCAGUACUAAAAUUCCCAUCUUCCUGGGAGAAAGCCCUACAGGUGACAGCAGUCAGUCUUGAAUCAUUCCUGUAUUAUGUCACUGAGAAUAUAUCAAAAAUUGGCGACCAAGAUACUUCCUGUUGAAGACAGAUGGUUCUUUCAUAGGGUAUAAGGAGAAGCCCCAAGAUGUGGAUCUACCGUAUCCCCUCAACAACUUUUCUGUGGCAAAAUGCCAGCUAAUGAAAACAGAGCGACCGAAGCCAAAUACAUUUAUUAUUAGAUGUCUUCAGUGGACAACUGUCAUAGAGAGGACAUUUCAUGUAGACACUCCAGAGGAACGGGAAGAAUGGACAGAAGCCAUCCAAGCUGUAGCAGACAGGCUUCAGAGGCAAGAAGAGGAGAGAAUGAACUGUAGUCCAACAUCACAGAUAGACAAUAUAGGAGAGGAGGAGAUGGAUGCUUCCACAACCCAUCAUAAAAGAAAGACAAUGAAUGAUUUUGACUAUUUAAAACUACUGGGGAAAGGCACUUUUGGCAAAGUUAUUUUGGUCCGAGAGAAGGCAAGUGGAAAAUAUUAUGCGAUGAAGAUUUUGAAAAAAGAAGUUAUUAUUGCAAAGGAUGAAGUGGCUCACACUCUUACAGAAAGCAGAGUAUUAAAAAACACUAGACACCCUUUUUUAACGUCUUUGAAAUAUUCCUUCCAGACAAAGGAUCGUUUGUGUUUUGUGAUGGAGUAUGUUAAUGGGGGAGAGCUGUUUUUCCAUUUGUCGAGAGAGCGGGUGUUCUCUGAGGACCGCACACGCUUCUAUGGUGCAGAAAUUGUCUCUGCUUUGGACUAUCUGCAUUCUGGGAAGAUUGUGUACCGUGAUCUCAAGUUAGAAAAUCUAAUGUUGGAUAAAGAUGGCCACAUAAAAAUUACAGAUUUUGGACUUUGCAAAGAAGGAAUCACAGAUGCAGCUACUAUGAAAACAUUCUGUGGUACACCAGAAUACCUAGCUCCUGAGGUAUUAGAAGACAAUGACUAUGGUCGUGCAGUGGACUGGUGGGGCCUGGGAGUUGUCAUGUAUGAAAUGAUGUGUGGGAGAUUACCAUUCUACAACCAGGAUCAUGAGAAACUGUUUGAACUAAUACUAAUGGAGGACAUAAAAUUCCCUCGAACUCUCUCGUCAGAUGCAAAGUCAUUACUUUCGGGUCUCCUGAUAAAAGAUCCAAAUAAACGCCUUGGUGGAGGCCCAGAUGAUGCAAAAGAAAUUAUGCGACAUAGUUUUUUUGUUGGAGUAAACUGGCAAGAUGUAUAUGAUAAAAAGCUCGUACCUCCUUUUAAACCUCAAGUGACAUCUGAGACAGACACCAGAUAUUUUGAUGAAGAAUUUACAGCUCAGACGAUUACAAUAACUCCACCUGAAAAAUAUGAUGAGGAUGGUAUGGACUGCAUGGACAACGAGAGGCGACCACAUUUCCCUCAGUUUUCCUACUCUGCAAGCGGACGAGAAUAACUUUUUUGUUUUUUGUUUUUUUGUUGUUGUUGUUGUUCUGCUUCACUGUCAUCUUAGGUUUAUCACUGAAAACGAUUCCUGAACAUCACCACCAGUACUAGCCAUGAAGAUUGCAGGGGCACUUUCAGAGGUCAUUCAAAAUUGAAAAGUUCCCUCCUUCUCCAACAGGCCUUUUUGUUUUUUUGCAUGAAAUUUUGUAUCAGUCUGAGGUCUCCUCCUGUUGCUGCUCCCACUGUUUCAGUAUAAUAGCAACGUCAAGAAGUAAUUUUGAAAUCUUUUGAAGUCAGACGACUUAAAUCCUCCUUUGUAUACAGUGGGGACUAAAAGAAACGUUGGUUGCCGAUGCAUUUUCUCAUUUCUUCUAGAAGACAAAUCAGAAUUGUAAUUAGUCUAAAAAGAUGAGUUUAUGUUUUCUUGCAUCUGUUUGUGCUGGUCAGAACAAGGAAAGAUGGGGGGUGGUGAUGUAAAUAUGCAAGGUUUUGUUAGGCAUAUCAUUACUUGAAGCAGGUCUAUGUCAUUAACAUCUGGCUGGAAUGCGUUUGGGAAACAUUUGAGAGAAGAACUUGUAACUGUCCAUAUAUAUAUAAAUAUAUAUAUAUAUAUAUAUUAUUUUUUAAUUACUGUUGGAUGCUACAGAAGAAGCAGAAGGGCUGGGCUCACCCAGCCUGCUACUUAGACUUCCAGAUUCACGUGCAAUCAUGGAGAAUUGAACAUUCUACGUGCAAGAAACGAAGGCAUAAAAGCAGCAUUUGAAGUUGUUUAAAGGUCUUAUAAUUUGCACCAGAUAACAUCUUUCUCAUGCUUUUCUCUGUCUUUCUUGAUAUACAUCACCUCGGAUGGCUGAAGAAUGUAGACAGGCAUAAUGGUAUUGCUUUUCACCAAAAUUUGUGCACCAAGGUAAACAGGUGUUUGCCAUAUUUGUUUUUAUUUUGAGUUUGUGAAUUAGCUUUUCUCCAGGUGUUUAACUCUGAAUAUAUAUAUAUAUUUUUUGUUAUACCACGGUAGUAUUUAUUUUUAGUGAUAAGGAUUGUAUGUGUCAUGUUUGCAAAUGCUGCUACAUCUUAGAACAGGCUUACAGCAGUUUAUUUUGUAAUAUAUGGAAGGACUGUACAAGCUGAAGAGAAUAACGCACUUUUUCUCCCAUGUGGAAAUUU